AUGCUUCUUGUGUUUCUUCCCCAUUUUGCAAUAUUUCCACUCAAAACGUGCGUUUAUUCACUGGGCGUCGGAAGUGUUAUCGUUAGCAUUAGACUUAGCACCAGACAAACGCUCACCGGAAACGAGGACAUAGGGGUGUUUAACAUUUCCGGUUCAAAAAUCAGCGCGCAGAGUUCGAGCCUUUUGAAAUCGCCGGAUCGACUUCUACUCAAGGAACGUCAGCGUCGCGUCGAUAAAAGAAUGGAAAGUGACAACAUGGAUGCGAAAAACCAAAAAACAAUACAUGUGGAGGUCCAUGUAAAAUCCCAAAGCCUAGCUAAACUGUCUGAGGUGAGGAUGCAUGUCCAGGCUCUGCUAAGUCGCCACAACAUUGUGUUCGGAAACUACAAGUGGACCGAGUUUGACGAAGGUUUCCUCUGCACUCAUGUGGAAUCUGUGGCUGUAGUCGACUGGGAGGAAAUGCCAACGCAGCCCCUUGAUUUGAAAAGCGCCGCAGUUUCGGUUCACAUCUUCACGCUGAGUGAGGAUGGGCCGAGUACGCUCAGUUUGGAGGAGGACGAGGAGCUGUCAGCGGCUAACCACUGGUUGCUACCGACAGCUGAUUUCCACGGUAUUUGGGAGAGUCUGGUGUAUGACGGUGCGGUUAAAACUCAGUUACUGGAUUACGUCACAACAACAAUUCACUUCUCCGACAAAAAUGUCGACAGCAACCUGAUUUCGUGGAAUCGCGUCGUGCUGCUCCACGGGCCUCCAGGCACCGGGAAAACAUCCUUAUGCAAAGCUCUUGCCCAGAAGCUGUCAAUCAGACUGUCGAGUCGGUACGCAUAUGGACAGUUUGUGGAAAUAAACAGCCAUAGCUUGUUCUCAAAGUGGUUCUCGGAGAGCGGCAAGCUGGUCACAAAGAUGUUUCAGAAGAUUCAGCAGCUUAUUGAUGACAAAGACGCGCUUGUGUUUGUUCUCAUUGAUGAGGUGGAGAGUCUGACAGCGGCAAGGAACGCCUGCCAGGCAGGAACAGAACCAUCUGACGCCAUUCGCGUGGUCAACGCUGUCCUCACUCAGCUGGACCAAAUCAAACGACAUCCCAACGUGGUGAUCCUGACGACCUCCAAUGUGACUGAAAAGAUCGACUUGGCUUUUGUGGACAGAGCGGACAUCAAGCAAUAUAUCGGACCUCCGUCUGAGCGGGGCAUCUACAACAUCUUCCUUUCCUGCCUCGAAGAGCUCAUGAAAUGUCAAAUCAUUUACCCGCGGCAGCCGCUUUUCACCAUCUUUGAGCUGGAGACCAUGGGCUUUGCUCAGAGCGAGGUAUCGGAACAUAGUUUGACCCUGAGGAACAUCGCCCUAAAAAGCAAAGGCCUGAGUGGAAGAACGCUGAGAAAAAUCCCAUUUCUAGCUCAUGCCCUCUUCGUGAAGACACCCAGAGUGACUUUGGAAAAGUUUCUGAUGGCCAUGGACCAGGCGGUGGAUAAGCAGAAGGAGGAAAAAGCGAACCUAGUGAAUGGGUUCUGAACAUUUUUGUAGCCUACAAGCUUCAUGUUGUUUUAUAAGGCAUCGUCGGGUAACUCAAUGCUGAAUGUUUACACUCGUUGAUUCAGCCUCAGAUGGUUAUUGUUCUAACAAACGCCGCCUGCGUAUUUUUUGGGUGCCGAAACUCAAAACAGUUACUCUUCCAGUUGGGAAAUGUUUAAGAUACCCGAUGCUAAGCGUUAUCCUAUAAAGUCGGUCUUCGUUGCACGGGAGCGGAGAAGUAAUUGUCGUCUGAACAUGUCUAUCGUAUUCUCUAUCGCGAAUAUAGUAAUUGAGUCAUUAUUUGCAUGGAAAGCACGUGUUCGCCAUGAAUGAAAAACAGUACGUCGGUAUCAGUGUGGCUUCUUGUCACGCGUGACGUCUUAUGCUACUCCGGUUUGUAUUGAAUUUUUGCAUGAUUAUUUCAUAUGUAACUUAAAUCCGAUGUAUGACGUCAUUACAGUGUACAGAAUUGAGCUGAAAAAUUAAGAACAUCCACACAAUAUUCCUAUUCCCCGAAAAUAUCGAAAGAUAGCUUAAAAGGGAGGUUUGAUCCGUAUUCAUGCCUACAAAUAAUAUUUGCACUGUUUACAAGCAAUUGUACAUACCUGUAAUUGAAAUAAACUUUCUUUUAUAUGUCCACGA